AUGUUAAUUCUUAAAAAUGUGGAACAUACCAUUUUUUUAAAAAUUUUUAAAAGAUCAUUUUCUAGAAAUGUUAAUAAUAACAAAUUCGUCAUAAAACCUUCAUCCGUAAGAAUAAGAAGUGAUAAAAAUAAUUUUAAUGAUAUAAUAAAUAAAUAUUUUCCUAAUCGAAUACUAAAAAAAAGAAAGCAGCAAGAUGAGUACAACAAGGUGAAUAACAUGAAUGAAGAAAAAAAUAAAAAAUAUUAUCUCUCAUCAAAAAUUGAAAGGAGAUUAAAAAUGGAAAAGGCUAAUGAUCAAAGUAAUAUUUCAAUUUGUAGUUCUAUCACUAGCGAUAAAAAUGAAAACAAUUAUUUUUUAGAUAGUUACAAUAAUAUAAAUAAUAGUGAUAAUAUAAAUAAUAGUGAUAAUAUAACUAAUAGUGAUAUUAUAAAUAAUAGUGAUAUUAUAAAUAACAGUGAUAAUAUAAAAAAUAAUUUGUUUGGAUGUGGUAUGACAUGUAACAAUGUACUUAUCGAAGAAAACCAAAAUAAGGUAAUAAAAAAUAAUAAGAAGAAUACCCUCGAGAUUACAAAGGAAGAACAUGAUAUUCAGAAAUAUAAAAAUAAAUUACAUAAGAAAAUAUGGAUUUUAUUAAAAAGAAAAAGUAAUGAAAAAGAAUUUGAACAUUAUUAUAAUAUGUUAGAAAAGUAUCCUUUAAAAGAUGAAGUAUCUUAUUCAAUAUUAUUACAUGGAAAACUUCUAAUAUCAAAAAAAAAAAAGGAUAAUAAGGAAGAUUAUCAUGAUAUUAUAAAAGAGUGCUUUAAAAUAAUUAACGAAAUGAAAGUUAAAAAAAUACAUGCUUCUUUAAUUCGAUUCAAUGAGAAAUUAUUACUCUCUUAUUAUGAAUUAAUAAAAUUAAAUGUGCGCCCUACAUAUAAACAGUGGAUGAAAAUUUUAAGAACAGUGUGGUUUGUAUCUGCCUUAGUUAAAGCUAGAAGACAGAAAUUUAUUUUAAGAAAAAUGAAAAAAAUCAAAAAUAAAAAUUCGGUUUCCUUGGAUAAUUUUAAUGAAACUUUUAAUAUACAUAAUUUGGAAUGUCUUUAUGUCGAAAAUAGGGACCCCUUGAUAGCUAAUAAUGUCCAGCAAGGAAUUUAA